AUGUCAGGCAGUAUUAUCCGAGAAAAACCGACAUUAUACGGAUCAAUUCGUCAGAAUAAUGUCACGAAUGGCAAUUCUCCAUUGAAAUUGUUUACACAUGCCAAAAUGACAAUCACCGAUAUUUUCAAGAACAUCGCAUCGUUUGUUAACGAUUCGAGCAUCUAUCUAGCUGAUGUAAUGAAAUCAGACAAAGAAUUGCUUGCGAUCGAUAAAUAUAAAGAUAGUCAACAACUGAAAGAGAGAGUCAAUAGAAUCUUGUCAAUCAUUUCACGUGAUCAUAUGAAAGUCGUUUUCUUCGGAAGAACGAGUAAUGGCAAAAGUACUGUGAUGAAUGCGAUGUUACGAGAAAGAAUCUUGCCGGUCGGAAUGGGCCAUACAACGAAUUGUUUUCUUCAAAUUGAAGGUACAGAUAAGAUGGAGGCUGUAGUGCUUAUACCUGGCUCGGAAGAAUUGAAAAGUGUUCACAAUUUGAGCAGCAUUAGUAAUGCGUUAUCAAGUGAGAAACUAGAUUCGGACUCUUUGGUGAAAAUCCUUUGGCCAAAGGAAAAAUGUCGACUCAUACGAGAUGAUGUUGUCCUUGUUGACAGUCCUGGUAUCGAUGUAUCAACGAAUCUUGAUGAAUGGAUUGAAAAAUACUGUUUAGACGCUGAUGUUUUUAUUCUUGUGAUAUCUGCCGAAUCUACGAUCACCGUUUCAGAAAAGAAAUUCCUUCACAAUGUUGCUCAACGCUUAUCGAAUCCAAAUAUAUUUAUUCUAAUGAAUCGAUGGGAUGCAACAGCGAAUGAACCCGAGAUGGUUGAAUCAGUAAGACAACAACAUCUCGAUCGCGGUUUAGAAUUUCUCUGUGAUGAAUUGAAUUUAUGUGAUCGAAAAGAAGCGAGCGAGAAUCGAAUGUUCUUCAUUUCAGCCCGUGAAGCCUUAUUAAAUCGAAAUACGGAUCCUAGUACGUCACCGCGAAGCGGAUACAACGAAGGUGAGGUUGACUUCUCAGAAAUAAAUCGACAUAACGAUGAUUUUCCAGGAUACCGAGAACGACUCCAUGAAUUUAAUAAAUUCGAACAUGAAUUCGAAAAGUGUAUAUCGAAAACUGCUGUGCAAACUAAAUUUCAGCAGCAUACCAAUCGUGGAAAAGAAAUCAUUACGUUCUUAUGUGAGACAAUCGCGAACAUAAUCAAUAGAUCACAAACGAAUAAAGAAGAAUACCUGACGAAAUUGAAGGAAACAGAAGACAAAAAUGUUUUUCUCGAACAUGAACUUCGGUCAAUGACGGAUUCAGCGAAAGAAAGAAUACGACAUGUUUCCGAAGAUGUUUACAAAAGAGUAGCACAAACAUUAAACGAUGAAAUCAGACGAUUGUAUACUCUAAUUGAUGAAUUUGAUCGACCAUUUUCUACUGAACGCAGUCAAAUUCCACUUUAUAAACAAGAUCUUCAUCGGUGGGUGGAAGAGCGUUUGGGAUCCAACUUACAAAAUCGUCUUCAUACCGCUCUUCAUGCCGCCCUCGAUACUGUGCAUAACGAAAUCAAAGAUCGCGUCAAAUCUGUCUUAACAACUGCUGAACGUCGUGCCUACGUCGAUGCAAUUGUUCCACGCUCUGACUUCGCCAUAUCAUAUCGUUUAGACUGUUCCAAUCUAUGUUCAGACUUUCGUGAAGACAUCCAAUUCAAGUUCUCAUUGGGUCUAACAUCUCUCUGGGAACGUUUUAUGUUUAACGAGAAACAAACGAAAUCGAAAUCUUCAUCGUUUCUCAAUUCGUCGAAUGAUUUGAUUACAACUGCAAAUCAUCUAACAGAAUUAACGUCAACAUCGAGCUUUCUGGCGUUAGGUGCCUGUGCACUGAUAUGGCGAAGUGUCGGCUGGAAAAUGCUGGGCGUUGUUGCCGGUGUUUAUGGAAGUUUUUAUCUUUACGAACGACUGAUGUGGACGAAAACUGCUCAAGAACGUGCAUUUAAACGUCAGUAUGCUGACUAUGCAUCAUCAAAGAUGCGGCUGAUUGUUGAUCUGACAUCUGGCAAUGCCAGUGCGCAAGUUCAACAAGAAUUAUCAAUGUAUUUCGCUCAAACUGUGCGUUAUGUCGCUCUGGAAAAAGAUGAUGUGAUUGAUAACAUUCAAGAUUUGAAGAAUGCCAUCUAUCAAUUCAAAUCCUACAUUGAGAAAGGUAAAAAGAUCCAAAAGCAAGGCGAUAAAAUCAACAAUGAAUUAAAUCAAUUUUCCAAACAAUACUUAAUAUCUGAUUUGACGAAUUAA